AUGUCAACCACACCGGUGAAGCAGCGGAAGCGCAACAAGCGGUGGCUGAGCCUCGAGCUUCCCUCCGUCGAGGAGAUUGCAGACAUUCCUGAUGAGGUGCUUGCAACUCGUAUUCUGCCGAAGGGGUUCUAUCUGUGGUUCCUCAUGCANCACAUGCGCACCAUGUGUGCAGCGCUUUCCGAGGAUGUGUUUCUCACUCGUGGUGUCUUGGACUACUUGUAUGACUACACCCGCUGGGGUCCAAAUAAGGCGCACAACACACUGUUUCUCUGCGCCGCGUUCAACCGGGAUAAUCAAUGCCACAACGGCUUUCUAUGCCGUGAGGUGCAUUGCUCUCUCAGUGUGGAUGCAGCUGUGGAGGCCAGCACCUACAACGUCUUCAGUAAUGCAAACGGCUCCCCAACUCUGGCGGAGGAGGAGGAGGGGUCACCGUGUGUUCCACAGAAAGUUCUCUUACGGCACUCACUACAUUCUCGAUGGACGCCGUCCUGGGCGUACCCGACGCUGCCCAAAGGCGUCAUAUUCCGCGUCGCACUGCCCAACAGUCCGAAGCCUGUGGAGGAGUACGACAGUGGGCGUCUCUUUGUCACCAAAGUUGUACGGGAUCACUACGACCGUCUGUUGCGCAAUGAAGCACCUGUCAUGACGCUGCAGCACUGCGCCAACUUCUCCAAAUACGGUGUGUGCUGCUUUGGCGAGAGCUGCCAGUUCGUUCAUGUUGUGCAUUACGGAGUGCGCCCGGAGUCCUUAACGAGCGAUGACACCAAAUCCGUUGCGAGCGAGCGAAGCAACGACAAUGUGUCCCCGAUUAGCCGUAGCCGCAGCCGAAAGGGGAAGAAUGCGUCCAUUUCCGAUGGCACGGCGGGUAUUUCCAAGACAAGUCAGCCGACUACGGUUUUCUCAGCACUAUCUUCCCCUGGGGCAUCUCUAACGGGCGUACCGCUCGCAGGCGCUUCACAAAGCAGUACUUUUGACGGUUCCUUUACUACUGCUCCGUACCUGAUGAUGCCCCCGCCGGUGGUACAGACUUCGCAACAGCCUCCGAAAUAUGAAAACCCACAGUCACAACAGCAAUGCCAACAGCUACCAUAUAUGCCGCCAGAGAGGUUGAGCUGCUUUAGCGCGAUGGGAGCACCGUUUCUCAUGGUCCCUGAGCCGAGGAUGGCACAGCCGCCACCGCAACCAGAGCACCCGCCGCGACAGGUGUUUACAUUCAUGGCCCCAUCGCCAGACGGCCAAAUAAGAAUGAUGCCGCAGCUCUACGUCAUGCCGUACUGA